AUGACGCAGACCGUACAAGAACUGGAGCAUCAGGCGCUAUCAACAACCAUUACCACUGGCUCGGAUGCUCUCUGCCCCAUGUUUUUGAUGAAUGAUGUGGGGACGAAAACUGUUGACCCUAUAGCUCCGUUGAUGGUGAAUACCGGUGUUUCAGCUAUAGAGCAAGGAGUGACUGCUACACUUUCAGUGAUCUUACCACCAAAGUCUGAACAAUCUGGAUGCCCAUGUGUUAGACCCAGAACCACUACUGGUGUAUCUCCAAUUAUUUCGAAGAUUGGAGUUCCAGCUACUGCGAGUGUUGCAGUUACGACGUGCCCAAAAAAUAUUUCUGUGAAAGAAUUUUGUGAUCAGGCAGUAAAUCCUUCGUACAUAAUGACUCCUCGCAGAGAACAAGUGACAUGGCAACCAAAUGUGAUGUCUAGAAAUCAGUAUACGGAAACAUUGGAUUAUUACCCUGAUUCUUUGUCAUCGCCGACGUACAGAGAUAUGUGCGUCAAUGUGAAUCCAUCAACUAUGGGCAAUUGGUCAAAAUCUACGGCCGAGAUUAGUACCAUGACUGGGGAAAACGGAUCAACAAGGAACUGGUUUGGAGAUGCUUCGAAGAGUUGUACAGAGGAAAUACCAGAUGAACGGUUUAUAACCGAAGUUAAUCCUGAUGAUAUGAUGCCGCCUGCUUCCUCAACCAUGCAGUCUCGUCCAUCUUCCUUUCUGAUACCACCUCAAUCUGGCAUGUUUUCUCCUGCUCCAUCAGCAAUUGGCCCAACCGGUUCUGCUUUGAUACAACCUAGUGUACCAAAUUUUGAAGCAGAAGGCCGACCACGAGCAAAGAGCAACAUUUCAUCUGUUACUAUGCCUGCAGCUGAUUCAGAGACCAUGAGAGAGAAGAAAUUCUCAAUGGCUGCGCCCAAUGAUAAUCUGUCCAGAUCCAGAAAAUCGAUGCCACGAACAAGUAAUCUGAACAUGCCAAGAACUAGUAAGAUGUUCAAGUCGACAUCUGAUUUCCGUUCUAAUCCUUCCCUAAAUCAAAAUCAAAAAACUGUACAAAAUCGAAUGAUGUCUAAUGCUGGACUAGGAGUAUUAAAUUGGACCCCCGAUGUAGUUUGUAUACAAUCGCCAAAUUAA